AGUAGACCCAACGCUUUUCAUUCGUCGUGUGUGCUGUUCGCGGUGCCAGUGCGCUGAGUUUUUAUAUUAAUAUUUAAGGCACAAUUUUUUGCACACUUAUGCAAAACGUUCUUAGUCAAAUAAAUUAACUGUGUGCGGUGCAUUAAGUCAAUGUGAUAGCAGCGCCACAUAGUUAACACCAGAAGUGUUCAAUUUUUAUCAAAAUAUUCAAAGCGAUUGCGGCAAAAAAAAAAAAAAAAAAAAAAGGGAAACCCGAAACGAAUUCCAAGAAUUCCCAAGCAAAUAAUCAAAAUAUUCAAAUUUAACGAAUCGCCAAAGCUUUAAUACGCAAAUUAAUUUUAAUUUGGUUAUAAGAUAGUUGAAGAAAAAAGAAAACAAUUGUUAGUGCAGAAAAACGAAGCGAGACCAACCGAUCCCCCGACAGAGGGUGGAAAACCGUGCAAAGUGUUUGUUUGCGUGUAUGAGUGUGUGUGUCUAUAAAAAACGAAAAGGAAAAGAAUUGAGGAAAACCGUUGCGAAAAAUGUGUGAGCAACAAUUGAAGGUUGUUUCCGUUCGUCCCGAACGGCAUGCGUAGCCAGGCUUUAAAUCCAGUUUUAUGCGCCAAGCAAAAUUGUAUCGACAACAACAAGACGAAUAAGAGGAAGAAGAAAAAGAAGACGAGCCACAACAACAAACUUCAAAUUGUUUUGUGGACCCUUUUCGCCUGGCAUUCAGCACGCAAUUCGCCGCCGCCGCCGUCGCCGCCCGCAGUGGUCUCUGUUGCCACCGCCGCCUGGUGGUUAUUCCUGUUUGACUUCAUUUUCGCUCGCUGCCAAAUUGCUGCCACUUUCGCCGCAAACUUAUAAACAACAACAAUAACACAACAGUCAAAAUGUCGACGCGUUCGCAAUUAACCAAGGACCUCAAUGAAAGCGUUAAAUCCAUUCUGGGUCGGCACACAAAGAUCUUGGUCAAGUAUAUGGUCAAAUUGGAAACGAAAGGCGAUAAAACAGAGAAUCGUGUCUUGGUAUUUACGCCCGUUCGGGUUUAUUUGCUCAGCGCUAAAGUGCCCACAAAGAUCGAAUGCCAUUUUCAUUAUCUGGAUAUUGUGGGCGUUGAGAGCAAAAAGUCAACACAUUUCUCGAUCAUCACAAACGAUCGUCCAUAUUCGUUUGUCACCACCGGCGAUGCGGGCAGCUUUAGCUCGAAUGCUGAUGUCAUAUUGACCGAUCUAGCCUCGGCGAUCAAGCAAAUAUUUCCAACAGUUCCUCUCAAGUACAUCAUUAAAAAGAUCGACAUACAGCCACCAGAGCGAGAGACAAUAUUCUCAGAGGAAUUCCGUCCCUCGGAUCCGCGUAAUGUUGGACCCUGCGGCGGCUUUAGCGCUCAAUAUGCCUGCAUGUGCGAUUUCCAUGGCGUGCCCUAUCGCGAGGAGGUGGCCUGGGAUGUGGACACGAUUUACCUGUCCCAUGACACACGGCUGCUCAAUCUGCGCGAUUUCGAUCAUCUGGAGCCCAAAGACUUGAUGGCCAUUGUCUCGGCCCUGGAGUAUAAUACAUUUUUUCGUGGCUUAAAGGCGGCUCACAUGCGUCUCUCCCAUGAGACGCUGGAACGCAUUCUGCACGUGCUCAAGCGCUCGAUGUGGCUAGAGGAGCUGCAUCUGGAGGCACUAGGUUUAAGAUGGGAUUUCUUGAAUAAGCUAUCCAUAUCUGUGAUUACGAACAGCAGUCCAGCGAUACGCACCAUCGAUUUGAGUCACAAUAUAAUCGAGGACAAAGGAGCUAGCUCAUUGUGCGCUCUACUGGGAAAGAUUGUACAAGGCGCUAUACAUUUGGCUGGACCCAUUGCCAAGGUAUCAAAGGGCCUCUGCAAAUUGGCCCUCGCCCAUUGUGGACUCACCUCGAAGGGUGUUAAUCAGAUGUCGCAUUCGCUUUCGCUCAAUCAAAGUAUUCCCAACUCGCUCACCUAUUUGGAUCUGAGCGGUAACAGUCUCAAGGAUGAUAUAACCAAUUUGCACAAUUUCCUGGCUCAACCAAAUGUGCUGGAGCAUCUAGAUCUGGCAUCGACUGAUAUUACGCUAGAAAAUUUGUUUGGAGCUCUGCUGCGAGGCUGUGCCACGCACCUGUCACACCUGAAUGUCUCGCACAACUCGUUCAGCACGAAGAAGGGCAAAGAGAUACCGCCGUCGUUCAAGCAGUUCUUUACCAGCACGCUGAGCCUGAAGCAUUUGAACAUAGCCGGCUGCAAGCUGCCAAUGGAGGCGCUGAAGAAUCUGUUGCUGGGCCUCGCCUGCAAUGAGUCGACGGCGGGACUCCAUCUCGAUCUGAGCAGCAAUACGCUGGGCGCUCAAGGUGCUCACGUUCUGGAGUCCUGCAUACACGGCGUGCGUGUGCUCCAGAGCCUGGACAUCAGUGACAAUAAUUUGGAUGCGGAGCUGGCGCCUGUGCUGUCAGCCAUAUCGAAGAAUCCUUCGAUACGGUCGCUGCAUUUGACGCGCAGCAUGACGGGCAUGAAACCCAAGCAUAUACCCACAGUGAUGGAUGCCCUAGUGAAUCUCAUCCAGAAGGAUGAUUUCCCACUGGUGGAGCUGGUGCUGUCGGAGAACAAGCUGAAGCACGAUCUACACGACUUCAUCAAUGCCUUGGGCAGCAAUCAGAGCCUGCAGAAGCUGGACAUCAGCGGCAACUAUAUGGGCGAUGUGGGUGCCCGACUCCUGGCCAAGGCGCUGCAGAUCAAUAAUCGACUGCGCACCAUUUACCUGGACAAGAACAGCGUCACCCUGCAGGGCUAUGCGGAUAUUGUUUAUGCCUUGGAGCAUAAUCAUUGCAUGCGGACGAUUCCUUUUCCGGUAUUUGAUAUAGCGCCGCAUCUGAAGAAUCAUCCAGAGAAAACGGAUACCGUAAUGCGAAAGAUGCAGGAGCUGCUACAGCGCAACUGCAACGGGCUGAAGCGUGCGAAUGGCCAAGGAUUUAGGCUGCAGCACGGCUUCAUGCUCUCCUCCACACACCAGCUGGUGGACAAGCUGGUCGCUGAGACACAGGACACCCUCUCGAUAGCCAAAGGAGGCGGCGACAAUGUCUCGGCGGUGCAACGUCUGAUCACAGAUGCAGAGAACUGCAAGCAGCUGAUGCCCAAACUGCAGGAGGCUGUGCGCACCGAUGCGCAUCCCAUCGAAACGAAGCUGACCCGUGUCGCCAGCGAACUGAGCUACACGAUUCGCAGCUAUCUGGAGGAGACACUGGAGACAAUGAUACGCACGGGCAUCGAGCAGUGCCCCAAAACGCUGGGCAAUCAAAUUGUUAUACAAGAUCUGCGCAAAGCGCUCAACGAGCGGCUCCAAAUACCCGAAGAUUUUCUGCAAAACUGUUUGCUCAACAAUGCCGGCAGCGAGAUUAUGAACAAAGUUGGUGAAAUUGAGCAAUCGCUAGCUGCUGCCAUUUCGGAUCGUGCUACAGAUGAGGUGCUGGAGGCGCUGACACGCUAUCGUCGCGGUCAUGGCAUAUCGGAAUCGCCAUCGGUGUUGCUGGAUGAGCCGCAGACGCCGGACAUUGUUCGCAGUCGUUCCAGUCAUGAAGCUGAGGGCCUUAUCAUACGACCCGGCGGACGUGGCUCGGUUUUGCCCAAACUGGGCCUGGAAUCGCCCACUAAAUUGGAAUAUCUGAACCUUGCCACGCCACAUUUGCCGUCGAAACGUCGCUCAAUUGCCCGCAAGGUGCGUCCCCAAUCGGUGGUGGAGAAUCUCAGCUUGAGCCACAUUCCCGAUCUGCUGGAGUCGCCCUCGUCGCAUCGUUCCAACUCACAGCUGACAUCGCGUGGUGCAAUUGGUGCCAGUGGAGCAGCAGCCGGUGGCGGCGUCUCGGCUGUCAACAUGAUGUCCAGCAGCAUCAGCAAUGCGGCCAUGGAUGACGGCAACGUGGAUGAGGGCUGUGACUCCAUAACGGAGCUGCCCAGUGCCUCGUUUCAGCUGCAGCAUCUUGUCAAGGGACGGCCCAAGCGGGCCAAGACGCGUGCCCCAACUCGUCCGCUCGUGAAUGCGGAAUGCGCUGUCGGCGCAGUGCGAGACAUUGGCGAUGGCCUGGAGCAUUUCUUUCGGCCCGGCUCGGUGACGCCCACAACGCUAACGCCUCUCGUGUCGCCCACAUCCGAGGAGUGCAGCUCACUGUCAUUCGUGGACAGCCCAACGAUGAGUCGUGAUGGCAACGGCCACAUGACCUCAGAGGAGACAACGCCCAUACUGGAGGAACGAAGGCCCAUCAAACUGGAGCGCCAGUCGCCCUUGCUCAAGAGCGCCUCCUGGGCCACACGUUCGCGUUCCACGGACAAUCUGGAGAAAUAUUCCCCGCUGGUGGGUCGCAAAUCGCCGCUGGUCAAAAUGCGCACAGAGGGCGGAGCAGGCAAUGAGGAGGCAGCAAUCGCAGCUGCACCCACUGGAGGUCUACUGAAGGCAGCCACGCGCGACGAGAAGAUGCGCUCGCCCAGCAGCGACUCGAUCAAGAGCCAUGCAGCAGGUGCCAGCUCCCUGGCCGUAGGCACCGAUGGCAGUCUGUUGGUGAAGACAGCCACCGGCAAUGGCAUCUUGCGCACGCCCAUUGCGCUGCAGAAGCCGCGACCCUGGUCUGUAGUGGGCACCGAGCCGAAGGCCAACGAACAGCUGGCCACGGGCAACGGCAGCGUGGACUCCACCAAGACAACGCCGGAUACGCUGGAAGAAGACGUGGAGGUGCUGCCCUUUGUUCAGGGCGCAGGCGGCUCCAUUGUGGGCAUAACCCCGGGCAUUGCUUUGGCAUCGGGCGGCAGCGGCGGUGGCAGCAUUGUAGGCAUUACGCCAGGCGCUGCUCUGGAGAAGAAGUCGGUGCGAGAGCUAGCCGCAGGCCUCAGUCGUUUGGAUCUGCCCAUCAAGCCGCCUAUCAUGCCACGAACUAUGUUGAACACAGCCAAUCGUUCGAGCAACAUCAGCAACACCAGCAGCAUAGGCAGCAACAACAGCACGAUGACCACAACAACGACGACAGUAUUAAACAAUCAGACGCGCUCGAAGAUCAUCAGCACGAGUAGCACCAACACCGAGACGCAGGAGACGCUCAGCAAAACGAUUAUAACUGAGCAUGGAAACACCAGCAGUAGCAGCAGCAGCAGCAGCAGCAACAGCAGCAAUGCGCACAGCAUCUCAAGCUCAAGUUCGAGCAACAGUCGUGCCAUUGCCUGUGCGAAUCUGAUAAGCAAUGAGAUUCUGAGCAUGCGCAACGGGCAGCUGAACAAGACGAACAGCUGCGCUGAGAGCAGUACUAAGAGAAUUGCCGGCAAAGAGAUAUCCACGCUAUUCGAGGAGACAUUAGUUGAAGGCCUGCAACGCACCUCGACGAGACGCACGUUUAGAGACUCGCCCUAUACGAAAGAGGAUGUCGUUGAUUUAUAAAAACUGUCUAUUAUAUAUAGUAUAUAUAUAUAUAUAUAUAACUCAACAUUCCUCCUUGAUAUCCCCGAUUUCCCUUCGAAAAUCACCAGACUUCAAGUUAUAAUGAUAAUGUUUAUGAUAAUAACGGUAAAGAUAAUGAGCAAAACGGUUGCAACUAUUCGUACUGAACAAUUUAAUUAAUGUGCAAUGGCGCCAGCAUGUAUAUGUGUGUGUGUGUGCGAGUGUGUAAGUCUGUCAGCGAGU